AUGUUCAAAAGCGACGACCAGAAUUUAGUUAAUAACUCAAGUGUUAUGCCAUUGCUAGAAUCCAUGUCCUCCAAUGUGGUAAAUGCCGAGCCUAAACAAGACCAAAAUCACCAAAAUCAUAAUAAUUGCACCCAAAUUCCCCUCAACGAAACAACUCGUGAGAACGGACAUUAUUUGCCAAUGACUAUUGUAUCUUCUAUGGCAUCACAGAGUUGGGAAUCUGCUGAUGAGACUGUCAAAGCCGAAUAUCGUCGAAUAGCUAAAGAAGCUUUGAGGGUACAUAACGAGAUGCACCCUAAAUCUGGAAGAAGAAAAAGAAAAGAUAGAUGGAACAUCGUUAGUUUCGAUCCGCCAGCACCUCCUUUAAAAAAAAUGAGAGGAGACAUAAAAAUAAAAAUCUUAAUACAAAAAAGCAUUAAAGAGAUAAUAAACAAUAAAAAUAUUGAACCUAAAGAUACUAAACCUGUUAUCUUUGUUACAUCUUCACAUAACAUAAAUUCUACACUUGACUAUCCUUUAAAAUGUAUUCAAACACGACACCCGUAUUUACAAACAAUCCUUCGAAUCUCGAUUCAUCUAUUGUAUCUUCUAUGGAGUCACAGAGUUGGGAAUCUGCUGAUGAGAUUGUCAAGUCGAAUGGCUAAAGAAGCGUUGGG